AUUGAACAUUUUCGCUAACGCCUGUCAUGUGAUAGUUGGAAUCAAAAAAUAGGAAAAAUAAAGAAGAAAAAUGUCUGGAAAGGAUAAAAUCAACAUUUUCCCGUCUCGAGGAGCCCAAAUGACGAUGAAAGCUCGUCUCGCGGGAGCUCACAAGGGUCAUGGCUUACUCAAAAAGAAGGCUGACGCCCUUCAGAUGAGAUUUAGGUUAAUUUUAGGAAAAAUUAUCGAGGCGAAAAGUUUAAUGGGCGAAACAAUGAAGGAAGCUGCCUUCUCGUUGGCAGAAGCGAAAUUCGCAACAGGCGAUUUCAAUCAAGUCGUCUUGCAGAAUGUCACAAAAGCCCAAAUUAAAAUCCGUACGAAGAAGGAUAACGUCGCUGGCGUUACUUUGCCCGUUUUUGAGUCAUAUCAAGAUGGUUCGGAUACGUACGAGCUCGCUGGAUUGGCGCGUGGCGGUCAACAAUUGCAAAAAUUGAAGAAAAAUUAUCAGGCUGCCGUUAAAUUGUUGGUUGAAUUGGCUUCCUUGCAAACUUCGUUCGUUACGCUGGAUGAAGUCAUCAAAAUUACCAAUCGCAGAGUUAAUGCCAUUGAGCAUGUCAUUAUUCCUCGUCUCGAUCGUACCUUGGCUUACAUCAUUUCCGAGUUGGAUGAGUUGGAAAGAGAAGAAUUCUAUCGUUUGAAGAAGAUUCAAGACAAGAAACGCAUCGCAAAGAAAAAGGCUGAAGCGUUAAAAGCUGAAUUAAUCGCACAAGGAAUCGACGUACAUGCCGAGGCGAGUAAUAUGUUGGAUGAGGGAGACGAUACCGAUAUCCUAUUCUAAGUUAAUGUGCAGUCAAAUAUUCCAAGUAAACUCAUCGGAGUGGCGAGAAACAAUAAAUAAAAUAAAAUAUAGCUUCAAAAAAGUAUUAAAUGGACAAAAACUUGUUGUAAAAAUUCAUUUUCCUUUUGUGAAUUAGGUUUUUUCUUGUAAAAUUUCCUCCUUUUUUUGUUGAAUAUUAAUGUUUGUUAUCAUAAAAUAUAAUCAAUAUACUUAAAAUAUGAUAAAUAUGAUGAAUAAAAAAUAUAUUAUAGCAAAUAAAUGCAAU